GUGUCUGUUAUCUCCUAGCUUGUCAAGCGCCAAUAAUAUGUUAGGUCCUCGUUUUAUAUCGUUUCCAUCAUGGAUUACUUGAACAACGCUUGAACAAUAGAUCUCAGCUGCAGGGUAUCGGGACAGCGCGUUUGUCGAGAGCGCCUGCCUGCUGGGUAGCGACAGCAUCCGCCGCCGCCGCCGCCGCAUCCUCCGUCCGCAUCAUGAUGAAAGAGGGAGACGUCGACUAUGUUGCUUUCCUCACCGGAUUCAGGAAGCAACGGAUGGUUUUAGAGAUUAAGAUGAAAAGCUGUUUGUCCUUGGACCUUUAAAAAAAAUGACAACAAGCUGCUCGGUCGCACGUACACCAGCUGCCCACGGCACCGAGCUCUGCUGCUGGUAGCAGGCACCUUGGCGGCGCUGGUGUUCGUAGCUCUGGUAGCAGCCCUGGCCCGACCCAUGUCGCGCUGUCCCCCGGUGGCUCGCCCUGAGGAGUCGACACCGGGUUGGUCACUCCGGCCAACUCCCCCGCCAGCCGAUCCGUGGCCGCACGUGAGGCUGCCUGACUUUGCCCAGCCUACCCACUAUGAGCUGGCGCUGCACCCCAACCUGACGACUGCCACCAGCUUUGGUUCUGUCAACAUCAGCCUGCAGUUUGUGCGCUCAUCAGACUUUAUAAUAGUACAUGCCAAGAACCUGAGCUUUCUCCAAGUCGGUCUGUACAAUGCCUCGACUGCCCAAGUGAAAGGCUUGCACUAUGUGCCCCUGCAUGACCAGGUGUACAUACAGCUGAAUGAGUCCAUACCAGCAGGCAGCCAGGUGACACUGCACAUUGCAUUCUCGGGCACGCUGGACCGUGACCUCGUGGGGCUGUACCUGAGCUCGUAUGUGACGGCAGCCAACGAAACCCGGCGCCUGGCAGCCACCCAGUUUGAGCCCACAUCGGCGCGGCGUGCCUUUCCCUGCCUGGACGAGCCUGCCCUGAAGGCCAGCUUUGAGCUCGUACUGGUGCACGAGCAGAGCCACCAAGCGUACGCCAACACACGCCGCCAGAGCCUGCGGUCAUUUGGGGGACGGCUGGUUUCGAGCCGCUUUGAGCGCUCUCUACGCAUGAGCACCUACCUGGUGGCCUUUGUUAUCUGCGACUACGCGGCUCUGACCAGCCAGCUGGGUGCAGUGCAGCUGCGAGUACUUGUGCCAGAGGAACUGAGUGCACAAGGUCAUUUUGCACUCAACAUGAUGAAGCGUUCGCUGGAGUUCUUCAAUGACUUCUUCAGCAUACCAUACCCCAUGAGCAAGCUGGACCUGGUCGGUGUGCCUGACUUCGGUCCCGGGGCCAUGGAGAACUGGGGCCUGGUCACGUUCCGCAUGAGCUCGCUGCUGUAUGACGAGGCGGUGACGCCCGUGCGCAGCCAGGAGCGUGUGGCUUCCACAGUGGCGCACGAGAUUGCCCACCAGUGGUUUGGCAACCUGGUGACCAUGCGCUGGUGGGACGACCUGUGGCUCAACGAGGGGCUUGCCACCUUCCUCGAGGUGGUCUGCCUCCAGCAGCUGCAGCCCGAGUGGCGGCCCGCCGAGCUGUUUCCUUAUUCGACCACCCAGCCUGCGCUGGAGCUGGACAGCCUGGACACCAGCCACCCGGUGUCAACUAGCGUGCGCGACCCAGCCGACAUUGAUGCCCUCUUUGACUCCAUCUCCUACAACAAGGGUGCAGCCAUUGUGGCCAUGCUGGAGGGCUUCCUGGGACGGCAGCAGCUACGGAAAGGCCUGACCCAGUAUCUGAACACAUAUCGUUACCACAGCGCUGACACUGCAGACCUCUGGGACACCUUCACAAAUGUGACCUCUGGCCAGGUGGGCGUUUCACAGGUCAUGGAGACGUGGACACGACAGAAAGGCUUCCCACUUGUGCGAUUUUCAGUCAGCAGUGAUGGAUGGCUGCAUGCUACACAGCGACGAUUCCAGCUCCUGCCUGCUGACCUGGUCACUGAUGUGGCAAGGUGGCACGUGCCGCUCACUUUUGUCACGGAUAGCGGUCAACAGCAGCUGCUUUGGAUGAACAGCACUGAUCUGGAUGUGCCCCUCGGUGAGUCGGUGCCAUCCUGGAUCAAGGCCAAUGUGAACCAGACAGGCUUCUACCGGGUCAACUACGAUGCAUCGAACUGGGUGGCCUUGAUGGGCCAGCUUCAGCGUGACCACCAGGCACUGUGGCCAGCAGACAGGGCGAGCCUACUCGAUGAUGCCUUCACCCUAGCCAGGGCUGGGGAGCUGAACCUGUCGGUGGCAUUGGAGCUGGCAAGCUACCUGAAGAAAGAGCGGGACUUUGGGCCAUGGGCAACAGCGUUGCCCCAUUUGCUUGACCUGCAACGCAUGGGCAGUGACUCUGACUGGCUGCCUGUUCUGCAGGAGCAUCUCUUAUCACUUCUGAGACCUGUUCUGGCUGACUUGGGAUGGGAGGACACAGGCUCCCACCUCGACAGAAAGCUUCGUGCCGAAAUUCUCCAUGCUGCCCUUGAGCUGGAAGAUGAACAGGUGCUGCAGGAGGCCAGCCGUCGCUUUGGACAGUGGAUGUACGGACAACGAAGACUGGGAGCCAACCUGAAGGACGUGGUGUACCAAGCGGGCAUACGCCAGGGGGGUCGGCGCGCCUGGCAGCACUGCUGGCAGCACUACCUGUCUUCCCGGGUGCCCUCAGAGAAGGCCCUGCUGCUCCAGGCCCUGGGGGCAUCGCCCAGCCGAUGGCAGCUGCAGCAAUACCUGCAGUUCUCACUGGAGCCAGACAAGGUACGUGCCCAAGACACACACACGGUCAUUGGCGUCGUGGCCAGCAACCCUGCUGGUCAUUUGCUGACCUGGCACUUCCUCAAGAGCCAUUGGGACGCUAUUUACAGUCUUUUCAAGGAGACAACAUUCUCUCUGGACAGCAUCCUAUCAGCUCUGCUGCCAAGGUUUCACACCGAGUAUGACUACCAAGAGGUGAAGCAGUUCUUUGGCCAAGUGGAGUUGCAGUCUGGCCGGCUGGCCCUGGACCAGGCACUGGAGCGCAUCCGCUCAAACAUCUUCUGGGCUGAGCACGUGGAGCCACAGCUGCGCCAGUGGCUGCUGCAGCUCCCGACCACCUAGGCAACCAGAGCACUGCGUGCAUGUCACGAGGGCCUUCAUCUUUAGGACCAGAAGCAUCUCUGCUAUGUAUACUCAAAAGAAGUUUGGGGCAUAUCUUGUCCUCAAACAAUAAUCAUCAUCCGAUGUCUUGCUUAAUUGCCUCUCCUUUCUUGAAAACAGAUGCCGUUCGUGGCCUGGAAGUACCGGGCGUUAAAGAAUGGAAAGGCAUGCUAAAUAGAUGACGAUUAUUGUUAGGGGACACGACGAUAAACCACAGGGUGCUAACUUUACUUGGAGGGUACUUGACAGCCACAUGCAAAACUACAAGUCCGCAAGUAUUUGCCUUCUUUCUGCAGGGUUCGUACAGGGUUCCAAGGCAAAAAUUCAAGGAUAUUCCAGGACUUUCCAGGACCUGUAACAGGUUUUUCAAGGACUCAAACAGGUAUCCAAAGUAGAAUUUCUUUACUCUAACAUUUCCAAAAGUGACUAGUUUUAUUGCACUUACAAUAAAUAAAUGUAUAUCACAAUUAUAAUAAAAGGUCUAGCCUUGAUAACUUCUCAUGAUCACAACACAAAAUGAAGGCUUACAACAGCGGAUGAGAUUUCUCCAGUAUAGGCUGGGUAAAGUUCACCAAAAAUAUUCAAAACAUUCAGCAUAGGGUUAUUGCGCUAAAUUAAAAAGAAAUAAAUGUAUAUCCCAAUGAUGUUAAUAUUGUGUAGCCUUGAUCACUUUGCAAGUUCACAACAAUACCGAACAAAAAAAAGUUCUCAAAACACACUGAAUGCUCUCAACAGCUACUCUGACUUCUCCAGUAUUAACUGGGCAAGUUUACCGAACAUUUCCAAACCUUUCAGUGUAGCCUUGCUACAAAUCCAUUAUAUUAUAAAAAAUAGAUGUACAUUAUAUUGCAAUUUUGUAUAACAUGUCUUGAUCAUUUCUCAAGUCCGCAAUAUUAAAAGGUAACACAAGAAGCACUCACAACAGCUCUCAGGCUUCUGCAGUAUUAGCUGGGUUGGUUCAUCAAACAUUUCCAAAACAUUCAGCAUAACGUUAUUGCACUUAUAAUAUCAUAAAUAAUAUUAUAACAAACCUCCACCCGAAGGCACAAAGGCACUGAGCAUUAGUGGUAAAGUUGCUCCACUAUCGCUCUCUUUAGCUUCACCUUGCGCGCAAGAGGGAAAGUGGGAAAAGGCAGACCCACGAGCGAGGAGUCAAACGAGCAAUAGGAUGAGGAAAGCAGCGUAAACACUGCCAGCCGAGCCAGCACCCAAGUGCGGCACGCAUCUCUCACUCCGCACGGUUUGACGUGGUGAAGCCUUUUAUUUUUUCCCCGCAGUUCUGCAAUACGGAACCGUGCGUGCUUGUGCCAGCGUAUUGCUUCUGAAAUGGGGAGUAUGUGAUAUCGAUGCCGAUCUACCACAGAAAGGAGGUCGCAAUGUCGAUAUCAGAGUGCAUUGCUCACGAAAUUCAAGGAUUUUCAAGGAAGGAAAAAAAUUCCACGACUUUCAAGGGCCUUGAAAACGCACUUUUCAAUUUCAAUGGUUUUCAAGGAUUUCAAGGACCUGUACGCACCCUGUUUCUGCAGCAUGUAAUUGCAGGGUGCUUUCCUAUAGGAUCUGGACAGCAUCCUGUGUUUGUGCUGCACAGGAAAAGCUACAGUGCAUUGUUGCCGGACACCAACUGUGUUGGUGUGUCCUGUAGUACUUCAACAUUUUGCAGUGGUUUGCGCAAAACAAGAGCAACCUAGCCAUUCAAUAUAGUUCUCAACAUGCCAUUUCAGAGCUAACAAUAGUCCACAUUACUGUCUUAGACAAAGUAAAAUAUUUUGCAGUUGCACAUUCUUAGAGGCUGCAUUAGAAGUUAAAAGGAUGAAAACUGAACAUGAGUCUGAGCUUAACUUCUUUAUAGAUAAAAAUAUUAAAUGUGAUUAGCAUUCUUAGGACACUUCACCCACUUUCUGGUAUCUGUGCUGGUAUCUAAAUGUUUUACUUUCAUGCCAACUUUUGUAACGGUGUAUGUGCCUCUUCAGUGACAAAAAAAAUUUUUUUAUUUAUCCAGUGCUGGGUGGAAUGAAAACCAUGUCAUGUCUAUUCGUACACUUUUGUAUGAAUUCUUUUGUCUGUUUAUUCGUACACUUUUGUCAUGUGUGGACUUCGUGGCGGUGUUGUUAGAUGGUGCAGCGUGUCUAUUUCAGCAUUGCUUCAAUGCUAAUGGCAUUAACGUCGUGAUUUAUUGCAAGAUUGUUUCAGCCAAAAUUCUUUCUUAAAUGCACAAAGUUUUUGUGUUGUGAGAAUGCAAAAAAAUAAUAUUUCAUUGCAUUUGCUGCCUUGAGGUUUUUAAAGCAGAACUGAAUGCAGGGAUAUAAUGAAAAAGUGUGCUGUUGUCUCUCCAUUCUAUCACCAGUUGCUUUUUUUAAACUUGGAAAAUGCAUUAAUGGCACGUUGUAAAACAUUUGUGAUUGUAGAAAUCAUUGUGUGCGUGGCAACUACAUGUAUUGCAGGAUUGUGUUUACGUGAGCUAGUUCGUGAAUGAUAGUAACUUAGCUAGCCACUGUAAAGAUUGCUGCUGCGUGCCAGAUUUUUGGUGUUGUGUCAUAAAAGGAUAUAGGGAGCAAAAAUAAUGUGAUGUACGGGAAGCGCACGCAAUUUUGAAAAGAGGCAAUGAAUGUGUAAGCAUGCUAUCACUGAACUUGCAUGAAAAGGAGUUGUUUCUUUCAUUUUCAAGUCAACAGUGGUCACAUGGUUGUACGUGUAUGUUUUGUUGUUGUUUCCCUUUCCUGUUGUGUAUGCACUUUUUCUGUAUAUAUGGAGUUGGCAAAAAAAUAAAUGCAAUGGUUGCUAGUCA